GGCGCGUGCGUCACGUCAGAGCGUACGUGGAUUCGCGAUCGCGAUGUUGUUUACUGAAUGAACUCGUCGAACGAACGUGGCGAUUCCGCAGUAUUCCGCACUCGAUACUUCCGGGAUUCGCGCGAGAAUGAGAUGAGCGUACGCGUGUUCGGCAACUCGGAGGGAACUGUUCGCGCCUCGUUGACAGCCAAGAGACGAACCUAACCUAAUCUUCUUCGCACCCUCGCGUUGUCACCGCGUCUCUCCCGCGUUGAAUCAUCGUCGCGCAUUCCGAACGAAUAACUCACCUCGAUAUGCUACGAUACGGAGAAUAGUGAUUGAGAAUCUUGAUCGGAAAAUAGAGAGAUUGAAACGAAUGUCCGAGAUGACGGCGAUCGUCCUCCUUUUAUUUAUCUUUAGUGUUUACUUCGCGUGCUCCCAAAAGUACGAAGGCUGUUUUCUCAUUCACACCUCGGAUCCCGAGCUGUCAUCGAUACUAAAAUACAGCGGCGUAUCCCAGUGUACGAUGAAAUGCCGUUCUCAUUAUUAUAUGUUUGCGGGAUUGAUGAAUGGGCAACAAUGUUACUGCAUGAGCAGAUUCGGUCAGAAUGGUCCGUCGAAUGGCUGCGAUUCGUGCAACAACGAUCCUUCCAAUUAUUGCGGCAGCUAUACAGCUAUGAGCGUUUAUGCCACUGGUCAGCAAGGGCCAAGUCCACCGAGGAGAAUAGAAGUAACUCAGGACAAUAUAGAUAGUUUUGUGAUAACAUGGCAGCCACCUGAUAUACCCAAUGGAAACGUUACAUUUUACACCAUCCGUGCUGUCGUUGUGAAAACGCACGCGAGUAAUGUUUUACCACCCGUCGAGAGUCAGAUUCAGGGAGGUGUAUCUAACAGCACGGUUCUGAAAGGUCUUCAACCAGGCACUAAGUACAAUAUAUCUAUCGUUGCCAGCAAUACGCAGGGUCCUAGCGAACCAGCAUAUGCCGUAGCGUGGACCUUGAUAGGACCUCCCGAUAAACCAGUUACUCCAGAAGUAUUGGAACACGGCGACAGCACUAUAACUGUCCUGUUCACCGAAGGUCACAGUGAAUACGGACCGAUCAGCGCGUACCAAGUGGUCGUUGUACAAAGUGGGACUAUACCUCCGUUUGGGCCCCACGUUGAGUACCUAAACUAUAACACCGCAUCGAAGCUAGGCUUAAAUUACUACGUCGCUGCGCAAUUCGACCCAUCAGAUUUUCAUAAAUACAAGAGGUUUAUCGUAGGAGAUGGCAAGAUGAUCGGAGGAUACUACAACAUUCCAUUGAAGAAUUACUUUGUAUCCGCGCAGGUCGGCCUGGUGGUGAUCUCGCGAAUAGGCGAGGAGAUACAACGUUCCUAUUCCGAUCUAGCCAAUAACAUGCUCCAGCGCAAUACGACACCGACAGGCAGUCACAUGGAUUCGACUGCUCUUGUGUUAUGCAUAGCAAUCACGAUCUUGAGUCUACUACUUGCCUGUGCGAUAUUUUUGUACUUUGUUUUGCGACGGCGACACGAAAGGUUCAAUAUGCGGAAACUGCCGGAACAACAAGAGCUUACGUUGCAGGGUCCGGUCUACGAGGUGGAUAAUAUGGGUUACAUUCCGGAGGACCUUCCCGAAAGAGUGAAUCAUUAUCAAGAGUUGAAAAAGAAAGUGUGGAGUAUCCCGCGAAACGCCCUGUCCGUCGAUAGUUUCGUCCUGCGCAGAGGUCGAUUCGGUACUGUGCAUACCGGAACCGUCUCGAAGGAUGACGGAUCCUCCAGUCCGGUCACGAUUCACACUAUAGCCGACGGCGCUCUGAAAGGAUCCGACAAGAGGCAUAUGCUGAGAGAAUUGGACGUGUGCAUUCGAACGGGUUCCAUGAAGUAUCUCGCGGGACUCGUGGGAACCUGCGAGACCUCCGAUACGCUGUACGUCGUACUGGAGUCACCACCGCACAUCUUGAAGAGUCGUCUGCUAGGCGCGCGAUCCGGGGACGCGUUCCCGACAGAUCGAAUACUGUCCAUCUCGAGCUCGAUAGCGGUCGCUUUGCAAUACCUGGCGAAUUAUAAGAUCGUUCAUACGCAUCUCUGCGCACGAAGCGUGGGACUGACAAAUGACUGGACGCCUAAACUCAUUGGUCACGGGAUCGCCAAGUACGCCUUGGAAGAUGUUAAGUAUAGCAGAUGGACGGCGCUCGAGUGCUUCGAUCGUCAGAAGAAGCAUCAGCCGGGUGUGAUCUGGGCGUUCGGCGUACUUUUGUGGGAGAUACUCAGCAUGGGCGGUACGCCAUACUCGAAUUUAACCCUCGACAGCGAGGUGGAGGAGGCGGUUGCGCGAGGUGUACGCUUACCGCAAUUGCUGGAUGUCCCAGAUCCGAUUUACGAAGUCAUGUUGUCUUGCUGGCGAGACGAUCCUGAAGAGCGGCCAACGUUCGAUGAACUAACACGACUGGAUACUUUAACUAUGUGCCCCAUCACCGCAAUCACGGAGCCUUACUUACCAGAAUUGGAGUUGAAUUAAUUUUGUUUUACUUUUUUUUACGUUCGUAUCUCAUUACGUAUAUCUUCAGUUAAAGAUUUCAAUUUGUGUAAAUAUUGUACUGACAAGAGAAUCUCAUAGGUUUAUGCGUGUAUAUACAUAUAUAUACACGUAUAUAGACUUUUCACAUAGCAUAUCUACAUUUUACCUUUGAUAUCAAUUUAAAUGUUAUUAUACAUAUAAAUGUAAUGUAAGGUAAAUCUUAUGAAGUAUUAAUACAAUUUCCGUCCAUGUUUAGCAUAAAAUAUAGAUUAAUAUAGAUUAAAUGUAGUUGAUGAGUAACAAAGAUAAGGUAAAGUUAUAAUGAUUGACAUAAAGAUAAAAUAUGCACAUCAUGUUUUAUUUAAAUACA